AGCACCUAUAAUAAUAAUAAAAGGAUGAAUUUACUCAUGAUAUAUUCUGUUCUGAGGGUCUUUUCUGAAACCGCUUCCGCAGUUAAUGUUUUGAUAUGCAAAUGAGAAAUAACUCAUUCAUAUACAAAUUACGAGUAUAUGACGCAGUUUAGGGAGAGUUGUAGAGAGUUUGUGAGCAGGCGUUAAAGACCUCAGAGAAAUGAGUCUGCUGGACGGGUAACAGAACCGUAGCGUGGGCAGACUCACUGAUGACUGUGUUCCGAGUAUCAUGAGGAUUUCAACUACACUUGAACCACUAACCUGCGGUGUGUGACCGCAAAGGAAGAAGAAGAGACAGAGGAGAAUGGAGAGAAAGAAGCAAAGCUGUGAUACACUUUUUUCCUGGGUAUGCAGGAUCUCCAUGCUUUUGUUUACAGGCUCCUCUCCAGAGCCCCAAAUUAUAGGCUGUGAGCUCCUGGAGCACGCAAACAUCACCUGUUAUUGGACUGCACACAGUUCAGAAGACAUCGCUUACAUGAUGCGGGUUAACACGUCCAAUUGUAUAAGCAAUAUAAUCUCUAUGGACUCCUGUAAUACCACGUCCACCCAGUGCUCGGUGGAAAUCGGAUCGGUGUCUCAUUGCUUCUGUGUGGACGUGCUGGUGUUCACGUUCUCCAUAUCCACCCGAUUACCACCGUACUGUUUCAAUGGGAUUACUGAAGUUAAGAUGUACACGCCGCAAAUCACAAUGCUUGCCACAGUGCCAGAAAAUGCCAGUUGUCUAAAGCUGGAGUGGAAAGAGCCACGAGGUCAAUAUGUGCAAUCCGAGAGGAUCCAUCGUGUCCUACAGAUAGAGUACCACACUCCUCAGCAGGCCUACUUUCCCAAAGUGACGGCUAUUCUUCAUGACUGGCGGAUGGACUUGUGUGGCUUAUAUCCAGGAACGAAGUACUUUGUCAGGAUUCGCGCUCAGGACUUGAGAGCAGUGAAACACUGGAGUUCCUGGAGUGGUUUUGCAGAGGCCACCACAGCGGAAGCUGCCCCAGUGGUUGCCCCGGAGCUAUGGAGACACAUCCAGCCGGUAGACAGGAGCGGACAGAGACGUAUCACCUUGCUCUGGAAGCCUCUCCAGUGGCCGCACACAAAUGGCGUGAUCCUGCGCUAUGCUGCAUCGUGCUGGGAUGAGCUAGACUCGUCCUACAGGGACUGUGGUCAUCUGGAUUCUAAUAGCAGCUCUUGCGUCCUUUCUCUCUCUGCUCACGCUUGUAAUUGCAACCUGACUGCGUCUAACUCAGCUGGGACAUCACCAUCGGCUCACAUAUACUUACCUAGAGACAAGGACGCAGAGCUCCAACCCCCUGCAAGCAUCCGUGUCUAUGCUUUGGAUGACUUCCAGCUGAAGGUGCAAUGGACAGCGACAGUGAAGCAAUCAGAGUCCAGCUUUGUGGUCGAGUGGUUUCCAGUACCAGACACCACUGUGGUUGAUUUGGACUGGAGAAUAGUGAACGGCUCUGAAAAAAGCUUUAUCAUUACAGGAGUGCAUCCUGAGAUCCCGUAUAAUGUUUCUGUUCGGGUCCUUCAUAAUAACACAGCUGGAGCUGCAAUAUUUGCCAUUGCAUUUACCAGACAAGGAGCGCCCUCUGUUGGUCCAAAGCUGGAAGUGCUACAGCCAACAAGCAGUGCUGUGAUUCUGAAGUGGAAGCCUGUUCCUCUGGACAAACUGCGUGGAUUCAUCCAAAACUACACUGUCCUAUAUAAAUACAAUGGCAAAAUGAAAUCUCAAGUGUUAAGUGGCGACGCGGAGCAGUUUUCUCUAAACGGGCUGUCUCCGGGACAAUAUGCCGUGUGUGUGAAGGUCCACACACUGGCAGGGGGCGCUGAGAGCCCAUGGGUCACUGUGACUAUAGGGAGUGUUCACAUACCAGUGAUGGCCAUAUUACUGUGCAUCAUAGGGACUUUGUUGCUUUUAAUCAUUUUGCUCAGCCAAGCUGAAAGGAUUCAGCAGUGUCUCUGUCCAUUUGUCCCUGACCCAUCUAAGAGCAGCCUGUCCACCUGGCCUCCUGUCUGUCAACAUCAGCAAAAGCUACCAGUCGUGGAUUUCAAACCAUCUCUCCCUCUCUUUGAGCCCAUCGGCAUGGGAAGAGGAAUAACAGGCCAUUGCUGUCACCACCACCAUGAGGACAGCAAGCUCCAAGCUUUCAGCCAGCAAACAAGAAAACAAGUCCAUAAACAAGUUUUACUAGUGGCUGAGCAAACAUUCAGUGAACCAAAUGUUGAAGAACCUACUGAAGAGCUAACCACUGACCUCAGCUACCAGAAUGGUGUCAUGGAAACCCCACAGCACUGUCACCAUGUAUCUUCUAGUUAUCCAAAUGUUCUUGACCUUGGAAAAGCUACAAUGGAUUCGGUUUUCGGUAAAAGCAACAUUGUGCCAAGAUUACAGUCCAGUUAUGAAAGAUUAGAGUCCUGUUCUGAAACCUAUGUAUCUUCUGAUUGUGCACCACGCUCCAAGUCCUGUCUCAGAGUGGACACACUGGACCCAGAUGAUCUUUUCUUUAGAAGGAGCAAUGUGUCAAGUGAAGAGCUAACCACUGACCUCAGCUAUCAGAAUGGUGUCAUGGAAACCCCACAGCACUGUCACCAUAUAUCUUCUAGUUGUCCAAAAGUUCUUGACCUUGGAGAAGCUACAAUGGAUUCAGUUUUUGGUAAAAGCAACAUUGUGCCAAGAUUACAGUCCAGUUAUGAAAGAUUAGAGUCCUGUUCUGAAACCUAUGUAUCUUCUGAUUGUGCACCACUCUCCAAGUCCUGUCUCAGAGUGGACACACUGGACCCAGAUGAUCUUUUCUUUAGAAGGAGCAAUGCAUCCAAAUUAAAGACCUAUUGCUACACUCCAGUAUCUACCAGUUAUCUCCCAGUUGCUGAUUCCUAUAUUGACUUUAGAACAGCGGUGGAAAAUUCGACUAAUCUUACCCAUAAAAGUAACCAUUUCUCAAGACUAGAGUCCAGUUCCUAUAGCCAUGUUUCAGCUACUUCUCUUCCUGUCCCCGAGCCUUCGCUGGAUUUGGCUGAUAUUGUGAAAGUGAACACAGCUGAGCUUCUCCAUCAGAGUAGCCAUAUGCCAAAAAAGCGGGCUCAUGGUUACAUUCACUUAUCUACAAGUUAUCUACCAGUUCCCUUGACUCAUUCAGAAGCAGACUUCACUAACAGUGUUCAUGAAAAUAAUUCUAUGUCAGGAUUAAAUUCCUGUAGCUACAAACAUAUACAGAUUAGCAAUCAAAAAUCUUGUCCUGAUUUUGAAAUAGAGGAAGUGUAUAGGCCACUGAGUGCUGAAGAAUAUCCAGUUUCUUUGCAGUUUUCUGUACAGAAACAGUACUAAUGGAGACACAGAGCUGCUCAAAUCAUGCAGAAACACGUAACACAUAAUGCAUUAUGCUACAAGGAAAUCUCACCUCACUUUCUAUUUAAUGCACAGUCAAAGUUGGGAACCCAAUCCUGGUUUUCCAGAGAGAACAGUUUUUUUUUUUUAAAAGAGUUAUUUCAAGGUUAUGCUGCAUCAGAAGAUCGCUCAACCUGGAUGGUGAUUUAUUCAAAACAGUUAGGAUGGUUGCCAAAAGAUACGGAUAAAGGAAGGAACAUUUUUCUUUGCUACAUAGAAACAAGUAAACUGAACAAGGACUGAAACGCACCAGUUAUUGUUUUAUUUUUAUUUUUACUUUUACCUUUGUCUACCUCACUAUAACCUGCUCAAAUGUUUACUAAUUUUCACUGCUAGAAAAAUGUGAAAAAGUUACGUUAUACUGUACAUGAUAUUAUAAUGAUGUAAACUCAUUAUCUCACACUGGAUCCCAGUUUCCACUGGUACUCAAUUACAGAAGUCUCAGCCUCAGAUGAUCCACCCAAAGGCCACAGACCAUCUGAUGUAUUUUGUACACUUUUCUGGUCACAAGCUGCAGGAUCUUAAAGGAUGUAAUGUAGGCUGCCUGUACUUCAAUGUAUUUGCUCUGCUGUGCAUCAAUUUCCAGUGAGAAAACAAACAUGGAACACAAUGGGCAUUUUGCUGUGAAUUCCACCUUGAAGUUAAUUCUUUUUUAAUUAAUAGCACAUCCAGUAGCAUACUGUUUGAUUCCUCUUAUACCAUUCCUCUUUAUCAAUGAUUACGAUUUUUCUUUAUCAAUGAAAGAAUGAGGUGCUUUUUAUUCAAAUGUUGUGUUGACAAAACACGUUGCUUUAAGUUAUCACAUAUUAUAAAAGCUAGCAGCAGUUGUUCCCUCACCAGCAUCUCUCUCUCUCUCUCUCUCUCUCUCUCUCUCUCUCUCUCUCUCUCUCUCUCUCUCUCUCGUUCAUAAAAUGCAGCUUGUCCCGGCUUUCCUCAUGGCAACAAAAAACUAAAGUGCUGACACUGACUAAAGUCUGCUUUCAUGAUUGUUAAACAUCUCUUUACAGAAAGCGUCACCAGAGUAAUGAUUAUGUUUUAAAUUACUAUAAUCCUUUAAAUUAUGUCUGCCUUACAAAUCCUUGUGAAUUAGCUGUUGCUAUAGAAUGAAUAAUGUAUUAGAACAAGGGCAUAAACAUAAACCUGUGAUUUGCCUUGGUGAUGGCUCUACUGUCCGAGCUGCUGUUAUAGAAAAUUAAUCAACACCUUCUGACCAAUCAGAAUUGAGAGUUGUGCUGUGGAUUCACAUGUAUCACUGUUAUUUUUACCAAAUUGUAUAGCAAGAAGUACAAGACUCCUUUGCGGAUGCUAGUAUUCCAGUUCGUGAGACUACUCGAAGGUGAAUGUGGGUAAAAAUGAAUUUGUGUACAUAUUGUAGAGUGUCUGUUGUGCUAUUAUGUGCUGUGUGUUGCACAAGUCUACAUAUCAAGCCAACAAAUGUGUGCACUGCCUUUAUUGAUUUAUUAUGAUAACAUUUUGAUCUCUGGAACUGGUCUUAUAUUUUGAAGUAAAGAACGUGGAAGUGUCUGCUCCUCUUGAAGCACUGGACUUGUUCACGCUUGUUGUUACAUGCCUGCGUUCGCAUUUGAGGGCAUUUUUGUGUUGUGUCUCUAUAUUUAUGGCUUUUCUGUAUCGACAAAGAGCACAGCAGGACGAUUGCUGUGAUGUCAUCAUGUGAGGACAAAUUCAAUUGAUGAAUGAUGAACUUUCACCUGAAGAUAACUUCACCAGAUGUCACUCAGUCCAAUGUGAAGGAAUCAUGUCUAUUACCUUGACAGUUAGAACUCUGAAAUCUGCUUAAAAAAGUAUACAUAAUAAAAAUAAACAGUAACCGCCAUGUCCUUCAGAAUGCACUUAAAAUACUGAAACCAGUCAUUUAUCUGUUACACAGUCACUACCAUUUAAAUACACAUGAACAAGUAUCAUACAUGAAUUACAUGGACUAAGCAAAGUUAAUUUAUGCCAUUUAAGUUAAAGUUCACCCAAACACAACCUAGCAGGGUAUUUUUUUUUAUUAUGUUAAUUUACAAAUGCAAAACUAUGUGUAAUUAUGUAAACCUUUGUUACACUAUGACUUUGUAUGAUGUUUGUGUGUUAAAUAAGGUUGUUGUAUAGUACUAGCUGCAUAUUUUAUUUUACUUUACUGUACACUGUAGCCUACAUUAAAAUGGGAAGAAUACAGAAAAAAAACAGCUGAGUGCAGUUAAUU